GCGCUCGGCGCCAGCGUACGCAGCCUGUUCCUGUUCAAGGACGUCAUGAAAUCCAACACGACGGCGCUGACGACGUCGGGCUUCAACACGCUCAUCAUCUUCGGCCUCGGCAUCCUCGACAACGGCGACAUCAAGUACUACUCCAACACGCCGGGCAGCCAGGACGUCCUGGUGGCGUCCAACGGCAGCUACGUGGGCGGCGACGCGCUGGCGGCCAAGGUGCGCUCGCUGAAAUCCGGCGCCGGCAGCACGGUGCAGCGGGUCGAGAUCUCGAUGAACGCGCAGCACGUGCGCGAGCUGAUGGCGCGGCCCGGCCCGGGGGCCGACACGCCGCUGUACCGCAACUUCGCGGCGCUGCGGGCCGCGUGGGCGCUCGACGCGGUCAACAACGACGACGAGUCCAUCUACGACGCCGCCAGCACGGCCGCCUUCGCGGCCAUGCUCGGCGCCGCCGGGUACCGGUACACGAUCGCGCCGUACACCAACACGGGCUUCUGGGCCGCCGUCGUCGCGCGCGUCAACGCGGGCCGCGCGGCGGCGUCCGACCUGCUCCUCGACAGGGUCUACCUGCAGUGCUACGACGGCGGCGCGGGCAACGACCCGGGCGGCUGGCAGGGCGCGCUCGGCAUGAAGGUUGUGCCGCUGCUGUGGGUCGUCAACGACUCGAAGCCGUCGCAGGGCACGACGGCGGCGCAGGCCCGCGCCCGCUUUGCCGCCUGGAAUCAGCGCGACGCCCUGGCCGGGGGCGGCUUCUGGAAUGACUACGACAUCGAGAAGAUGGGGCUGUCGUACAAGGAGUACGCGAGUGUGUUGACGAGUGUGUUUCCGUGAAGGGGUUGAGCUUGGUAGGGAAGAAGACACAUGGAGAGGACGCACUCUGAUCAAGACUGGAGGUGUAGGGUCUGCGGUUAUGAUGGGUGGAAAGCGCAUACUGCUUUCGCAACUGCAUACUGCAUGUUCGAGUCGUUCUUUUGUACAGAUCAGCCCAAGACUAAAGAACUUCCGUUCAC